GGCACCGAAGUCGAUUCAUUCAACACAAACGUAGUAUACACCACCAGAGCAUAGAAGCGAAAGGAAGAGAAAAAGCGAGACAUGGAGGAAGAAAACGGUUACGGUGGGAGUAGCGGUCCUAACUUGGAAACUUCCAAAGCAGAGAGAUCGGUUUGGCUGAUGAAGUGCCCUGUAGCUGUUGCUAAAUCAUGGCAGAAUCAUCCUCCUUCUCAACCUCUUUCUAAAGUCGUUUUUUCCAUUAAUCCUCUUCUUCCUGAAGAUGAUCCCUCUCAUCUCCAGUUUACAAUGGAGAUGUCUGGCACUGAAUCUGUAAAUAUGCCAAAAACUUAUUCUUUGAAUAUGUUUAAAGACUUCGUUCCUAUGUGCAUCUUCUCUGAGACAAGCGAAGGUGAUAGUGUUGCAAUGGAAGGUAAAGUAGAGCAUAAGUUUGAUAUGAAGCCACGUCAUGAAAACAUUGAAGAAUAUGGAAAAUUGUGUAGGGAGAGGACAAACAAAUCUUCGAUUAAAAAUCGACAGAUACAGGUUAUUGAAAAUGAUUGUGGACUUCUAAUGAGGCCAAUGCCUGGAAUGCUUGGUUUAAUUUCAUCCAGUUCAAAGGACAAGAAGAGGACACAGCCAGUCAAACAAACUGAUACAAAGAGAACAAGAAGAGAUCGCGGAGAGCUGGAGGAUAUAAUGUUCAAGCUAUUUGAAAGACAGCCUAACUGGGCAUUGAAGCAGCUUGUCCAAGAGACUGAUCAACCUGCACAAUUCUUGAAAGAGAUAUUGAAUGAACUGUGUGUAUACAAUAAAAGAGGCGCCAAUCAAGGAACUUACGAGCUGAAGCCUGAAUACAAGAAAUCUGUUGAAGAUACAGGCGCUGAAUAGUGCUCUGUUCUUUUCAUUAUACUCUAACUUCGCAAGUCCUCACUUCAAAAAAAGAUUGAAAAUCAGUUUCUUUCUUUGUUGAGAGGAUAAGAGUCAGUGUGUUAAGCAAAAAGUUAUAUAUGACAAGUACCUACAAAAUGUUAAACUUAUUUAUAAGUCCAGGACUCUGAAUAAUGUUCGAUUCUUGAAUUUUUUUUACCUAUAAAGAUGCAGUUAUAUAAGUCCAGGACUUUUGAUUAGAAUUUGGAUCCUCUCAUGUUGGGGUUAUGUUCUCCAUCCUAUCAUUAAUGGUGAAAUGGUGAACAUAACUCCCUCAUGUUUGAUUCAAACAUGAGAGGAUCCAAAUCCUUUUGAAUAUAUUGACUCCCAUAGAUAGAGAUGUUAUGUUCUUUAUAUUCUGUACAGUAACUAAUAGUAUGUAUCGGGCUUGCUUUAGUUUUAUGAGGCCAUUCUUUGUUACAAUUUACUGCAAA